AAGUUUGACUCCACAGUCCACCACCCGUGAAGCUCUGGAGUCGAGCGUGAACUUGGUCCACUACGCCAUGGCGGCCGCACCACAGCAAUCCGUGCACCCAAGCUUGCCCUCCUCAACCUCAACCCUCCGCCUCCUCAUCUCCUCCUCCCCACGACGGCCUCCUCCGCCGCCGCCAAGAGCCCGCCGGUAUAACAGGCUCGCGGCGUCGGCUUCGGCGGCGCGGGAGAUGCCGUGGCCGCACGUGCUGACGGUGGCCGGCUCCGACUCCGGCGGCGGCGCCGGCAUCCAGGCCGACAUCAAGGCCUGCGCCGCGCUGGGAGCCUACUGCUCCUCCGUCGUCACCGCCGUCACUGCCCAGAACACCGCCGGCGUCCAGGGGAUUCAUGUGGUGCCAGAGGAGUUCAUCCGGGAGCAGCUCAACUCGGUUCUUUCGGACAUGUCGGUGGAUGUGGUCAAGACAGGAAUGCUCCCUUCAAUCGGAGUAGUCAGAGUUUUAUGUGAAAGUCUAAAGAAGUUUCCAGUCAAAGCUUUAGUGGUGGAUCCAGUUAUGGUGUCCACAAGUGGAGAUACUCUUUCAGAAUCAUCUACUCUCUCUGUAUAUAGGGAUGAAUUAUUUGCUAUGGCUGAUAUAGUCACCCCAAAUGUGAAAGAAGCGUCGAGAUUACUUGGGGGUGUAUCUUUGCGCACUGUUUCUGACAUGCGCAAUGCAGCGGAGUCCAUUUACAAAUUUGGUCCAAAACAUGUACUUGUGAAAGGUGGGGAUAUGCUAGAAUCCUCAGAUGCAACUGAUGUAUUUUUUGAUGGUAAGGAGUUCAUUGAGCUCCAUGCGCAUCGCAUAAAGACCCAUAACACACAUGGAACUGGUUGCACUUUAGCUUCAUGUAUAGCUUCCGAAUUAGCGAAAGGUGCAACGAUGCUGCAUGCUGUUCAGGUGGCUAAGAAUUUUGUAGAAUCUGCUCUUCAUCACAGUAAAGAUCUUGUCGUUGGAAAUGGACCUCAAGGCCCUUUUGAUCACCUUUUCAAGCUCAAGUGUCCGCCAUACAAUGUUGGCUCACAGCCAAGCUUUAAGCCAGACCAACUCUUCCUGUAUGCAGUGACAGACUCUGGGAUGAACAAAAAGUGGGGUCGUUCAAUCAAAGAAGCUGUGCAAGCUGCCAUUGAAGGUGGCGCUACCAUUGUACAACUGAGAGAAAAAGAUUCCGAAACAAGAGAGUUUUUGGAAGCAGCCAAAGCAUGCAUGGAGAUUUGCAAGUCCAGUGGAGUACCACUGCUGAUCAACGACCGGGUAGACAUUGCCCUGGCAUGCAAUGCAGAUGGUGUCCAUGUUGGUCAAUUGGACAUGUCGGCACACGAAGUGCGGGAGCUCCUAGGGCCGGGUAAAAUCAUCGGCGUCUCGUGCAAGACCCCUGCUCAAGCCCAGCAGGCCUGGAAUGAUGGAGCAGACUACAUUGGCUGUGGCGGUGUUUUCCCUACCUCCACGAAGGCGAACAAUCCUACAUUGGGGUUUGAUGGCUUGAAGACAGUUUGCCUGGCAUCUAAGCUGCCUGUGGUCGCUAUUGGCGGCAUCAACGCUUCAAAUGCAGGUUCAGUGAUGGAGCUUGGUCUCCCAAACCUCAAAGGCGUCGCAGUAGUCUCCGCUCUGUUUGACCGUCCGAGUGUCGUAGCCGAAACAAGAAACAUGAAAUCCAUCUUGACCAACACCUCUAGAACCUAGAGCUACUACAAUAUUCUUUGUUCGAAGGGGAUAUGUUUAUCAAAAUGAAGAGAUGUUUCCAACUUUAAUAAUCAGAAGGCAUUUCUUGUAAUAAUGCUUGAUCAAAAGCAUCUGUGAUGCAGGGGAAUGAGGAAUCACAAUCUUGCAUCAUUGGGAUGUAAGGUACAAUGUUCAGAUUUCUUUUACAUCUUUUGAGCAAAUUAUCCAACAAAUUUUGUUGAAAGUUGGUAGUACAAAAUGAAAGGGUGAAAGGCUGUAACUUUCAACUUCUUUAAGCUUUCAAAAUGAAUGUUGAUGCUAUCAUUUAGCUA